AGCGCCACAGUCCCGGGCCUGCAGGGCCUGGCUCGGGCUUCGGACAACCCAAGCCAGGCCCUGUCCUCGGGCUUGAGUAGGGCUUUGGCCUGGCUCGGGCCUGCUGAAAUAGGGCCUGGCCUGGCCUGGCUCGGGCUUGAAGCCAGGCCGGGCACAACACUACACACAGUGUCUGCCCGAAUGGCUCGAAGAGCUAGAGGCAUGGUCGAUUGA